GAUGGGUGAUCCGCUGGUCGGAGGGGGGGGUUUGCUGGCUGCUGGUGGGUAUUUGCUAGCAUAAGGUGUUCUCUCGUUCGUCCAUUUCUGAGUUCGCCAAUACACCCUGCUUCAUCCAUCUAUCCAGCAACCUAUAUCAGACGGACCUAAUUAAUCAAACAAACCAUGUCGCAAUCCCCCGAGCGAACCCCUGCCGUGCCGAAUGGCCCCCAGCACCCUCCUCCCGCAGCUUCCCAGCAAACAGUCUCGCUCCCCCACGAGAUCCUCCAAGCCGACCCCGCAACCUUCGUCAAGGGCGGCAUUCCCCUCACCGAGAACGAUUACGCCCAGUCCUCGGCCGACACCGGUGCGGCUGAAGAUGCUAAAUUCCCGCGAAUCUCGCGGCCUGUGCCGAUGAUGAGGGUUGAGUACGACGUCGUGGUUGUGGGCAGUGGGUAUGGGGGUGCCGUAACUGCAUCGCGAAUGGCGAGGGCCGGGAAGAGCGUUUGUGUGCUUGAACUCGGGAGGGAACGGUGGCCGGGCGAGUAUCCCGUGGGAUUGCUGGAGGCGGCACCGGAAGUGCAUGUCUCUGGGAACAGAGGGAAGAAUGGGGAGCCGGUUGUUGAUGCUACCAUUGGGGAUCCGACUGGGUUGUAUCAUUUGGUGCUUGGGGAGGGGCAGAAUGCUUUUGUUGCUAAUGGGCUCGGCGGGACUUCCCUUAUCAAUGCCAACAUCUUCCUGUCGGCGGACAAGCGUACCCUGCAACUUCCGGCGUGGCCGCAGGAGAUCUCUUCCAACCCGGCGUCUCUGGAUACAUACUAUACUCGUGCAGCUAGUGUUUUACAGCCGGUGCCCUAUCCGGAUGACUUUCCGCAACUCAAGAAGUUGAGUGUACUAGAAAAGCAGGCGGAAUUAAUGGGACAGAGGGAGCAUUUUUACCGCGCACCCCAGACUACUGCUUUCACGAAUGGUCCGAAUAGUUCUGGUAUUGAAAUGCGUGCUUCAACCCUCUCCGGCCAAGACUGCACUGGUGUCAAUGAUGGGAGUAAGGGAAGUGUGUUAAUGAACUACCUCCCCGACGCCUGGAAUUGGGGCGCAGAACUCUUCUGCGAAUGCGAAGUCCGCUACGUAAAACGCGACCCGAGCAAUAAUGCCUGGCUCGUCCUCUUCGCCUGGCACGGCGACAAGCGCGCGAAGUUCGAAGACUUCCAUAGGGAACUGAUGUGGGUGAAAGCCCGAGAAUUUGUCUUCCUCGGCGCCGGCACGCUGGGCACGACAGAGAUCCUUCUGCGCAGCCAGGACCAUGGCUUAAAAACUAGUUCUGAGAUUGGCCGUGGAAUGAGCGGUAAUGGAGAUAUCCUCUCGUUUGGGUAUAAUACCGAUUUCGAAGUAAAUUCUAUCGGACGCGAAGAUCCCGGGAAUCAUCCCCCAAUUGGACCGACGAUUACGGGGGUUAUUGAUAUGCGUGAUGCUAUGCCGGAUGUUUUGGAUGGUUAUGUUCUUGAAGAAGGAGCGGCACCGGAGGCGCUGUCGAAGCUGCUGCAGGGGAUGUUGGAGCUUAUGCCUGGGAAGGUGUAUCCAGAGAAUUAUGGACUUUCGGAGAAAUUGCGGCAUCUGUUUUCCCGUGCUGAAGCGAGGUUGUUGGGACCGUAUACUCCCGGUGGAUCGGUCAAUCGUACACAAAUCUACCUCAUCAUGUCUCAUGAUAGUAACGAGGCGACGCUCACGCUUGAGAAUGGAAAACCGUAUUUGAGGUUCUUGGGGGUUGGUCGCAGCGCGCAUGUUAAAGAGUUGAACGAGAUGUUGGCAAAGGCUACGUCGAAGAUUGGAGGGACGUUGAUCAAUUCGCCGUUUUAUUCACUGCUUGGGGAGGAGGAGAUUACGGUUCACCCUAUCGGCGGAGCGAAUAUGUCUAGUGAUGGCACUGGGAGGAAUGGUGCUACUAAUCAUUUUGGGGAGGUAUUUACCGGCACAGGUGAUGAUGUACACCCGGGGCUUGUAGUUGUUGACGGGAGUAUGAUACCUUGUGCUCUUGGGGUCAAUCCUUUUGCGACCAUCACUGCUCUUGCGGAGAGAAGUGUGGAAGGGGUGGCUGCAAAGCGACAGAUCAGGAUCGACUACGCCACUCGCAACACCCGUCUGAACCUCUUCGCACCCCCAAUGCGUAGUUUCCCGCUCACAAGGGAUAUGGCGGAAGCCCAACAGGCUAUCUCCUCUGCCGCUGGGAAGAGUGGAAUCCGCUUUACGGAGGUAAUGGAGGGAUAUAUGUACAUCGGCGACGACAUCGAAGACUUCCAAGUCGCGGCCGACGCCGCUAGGGGGUCUUCGACCUCCGCACGCUUCCUGCUUUCCGUCGAUAGUUAUAGCACUCAGAAUCUUAUUGAGCGAUCUGAUCAUGCUGCACUUGCAACUGGAACCUUUGCGUGUGGAGCACUGAGUAGGGACCCGUUUAUGGUUCUCCGUGGCGAAGUGCAGUUCUUUUCCUUGGACUCUGAUGUCGCUGAUGGAAAGAACUUGGCGUAUAAACUUGACUUGGUCAGUUCGGAUGGGAAGCUCUUGCAUUUCAACGGGUAUAAGGUGAUAGACUCGAAGAUGGCGUUCCCAGCUUCAAAUACUUGGAAGGCUACGACUACGCUCUAUGUCACGCUGACUAGGCCGGAUAAAACUGUCGUAGCAAGGGGCGUACUAACUAUCCCAUGGAGGAAUUUCGUGUCUGAAAUCUCUAGCUUCGGACAAACUGGAAGUACCGUCUCGGGAAGGAUUGGCGCCACGGUGGAUUUUCUCGGCUACUUUGCUAGCCAGACGGCGGGGUACUUCUUCAGCCCACUCAGACCGCUCCAGUACCCAACGCUCACGACGAGUGGGUAUUAUCGGAAGCAGCCACCGACCGAAAUCGUGACCUUGACAGCACAGGACGGGGUCCAGACGUUUAUGCACGUCUACACUCCAGACCCUACAUCGGGGCCACGCCAGAAUAACCAAAACGGAGGAGGCGGCGGGCUACCACCGAUCCUCAUGAUCCCAGGUGCAGCCGUAGACCACCGGAUCUACGCCCUCCCCACGAUUCCUACCAACGCGGUGGACUACUUCCUCGCCCGCGGCCACACAAUCUAUAUCCCAACGCACCGCGUCGGCCGUACCCCAUUGGCCAAGUCCUCACAAACCACCUUCUCCGCGUGCCUGGACGUAAAGGCCGCGCUGGAGCACAUCCGUCGCGAAACUCCCUCGCAAGUAUACGUAAUUGCACACUGCGCCGGUAGCAUCGCCCUCGGCUGCGGCCUCCUCGAUGGGACGAUUCCGGCGAGUUGGCUGAAGGGCCUAACGGCCAGUCAGGUUUUCAUCUCCCCACGCUUCGCAAAGGCAAACAUGAUAAAAGCGCGUCUGCCCCUACCACUACCAAGAGUGUACUCGAAGAUAGUAGGGGAGUACUUUGACUGCGCGACUUCGCCUACAGACGCUCUGCCUCAACGCCUCAUGAACCAGCUACUCCGAUUUUACCCCGUUGGCUCCAGGGCCGAAAUCUGCAAUUCCGCUGUGUGUCACCGGUCGGAGUUGGUCUUUGGUAGGCUGUGGUCGCACAGUGGGCUGAACGGGGCUACCCAUGCGAAUCUGGGGAAUUUCCUUGGCGGGACGAGCAUGCGCUGCUUGACGCACCUCAUGCGCAUGGGGAGUAGCGGGUACGUUAUGGAUGACGAGUUCGCCUCAUUAAUCACCGAAAUCGGGCUGAGGCGGCUUGAGGGCUUGAAGGUGUUUUUUGUGCAGGGCGGGGAGAACGCAGUUUAUGACCCGGAGAAUACACAGACGAGUUAUGAGUUGCUCAGGGAGGAGUUUGGCAGUGCGGGGGUUGGGAGGGUUAUUUUUGAGAAUCGUGGACAUCUGGAUUGCUGGAUGGGGAAGAGCGCGUAUAUGGAUGUUUACCCUGCUGUUGCGAACCAUAUUGAUGAGGUUAUGAGCGGUGGUGUUACUGGUGAGGUUGCGGGAAAGGGUUAGUUUGUCGGAGGGUUUGGAGGGAUGAGUGGUGGGAGUGAUGAUGAUACAGUGCUGGGGUAUGUGAUGGAGGGGUGCGGAUUAUUUACUUUUUGCGUCAAUAAUGGAUAAUGAGGCUCUCGUCGUACGAGUACUUUUGAAUUUAAUAAUUUAUAUUGUCA